GAAAAGAUCUUCGCAGUGCGAAAGCAGAAAAUCAACGAAAAAUUAGAUUUGCAUUUAACCUAAAAAUACAAAAUUACAAAAUGUCGAUGUCUCAUAUGAUUUCACUAAUGGAUGCCCUGCAGGGCAAUCGUAAUCCCAUCUACGACUUUGGCAUGGGAAUGCAUCCGCGCCAGAUGCAGCCCUGGAACACAUCGCCCGCUCUGCUGAGUCCCUGGCAAUGUGCUCAUCCCGCCUGUCCAACUUCUCCCGGAAACAGGAUGAUGACAGGUCGCCAGAAGCGGGACAUUUCCCACUUAAAGCACACAAAUGGAACUGGAACCUGGAAUGAUACCUGGAAUAUGCCAGUUGCCCAGGUGGGCAAAGAUGGAUUCCAGGUGUGCAUGGACGUGACUCAGUUCAGUCCCAAUGAACUCACUGUCAAGGUUGUGGACAAGUCCAUUGUCGUCGAGGGAAAGCACGAGGAGCGCGAGGAUGAUCAUGGCUACAUUUCGCGCCAUUUUGUGCGUCGUUAUGCUCUUCCCGAGGGAUACGAGGCCGACAAGGUGAUGUCCUCGCUGUCCUCCGAUGGAGUGCUCACUGUGAACGUGCCGAAACCACAGCCCAUUCAGGACAAGUCCAAGGAGCGUGUGGUUCAGAUCCAGCAAGUUGGACCAGCUCAUCUCAAUGUAAAGCAGAACGCCGCGGAGAAGGAGCAGAAGCUGGAGGAGAAGCAGAAGCAAACCAAUGGCACUAAGUGAUCCAACCUGUGAUUCAUCUGCAUCCAUCAGUCAACUCAACCAACUCAUCCUCAUUCCAAUCUAAUUUAUUUACUGUAACGACCUAAAGACUGUAUAAUUAAAUAAAAUGUUGAACUUGAAAUUGAA